AUGGAAUGGGAUCUGCUUUUACUGCUUCUGUUUAACCCCCCUCAGAUUGUUUCUUCUUCUCUGAUCUUCCUCAUACAACUAAGGCUUCACCUGAUGUGUCUUGAUGAGCUUUCUUAUCCUUUUUUUCGCCGCCCCUACAACCACCGGCAUCGCCAUCGCCACCUGAAUGGCCCACCACCACCACCGCCGCCACCUACGGUGUCUGCUUACAAGGAAUGUCUCAAGAACCACGCUACCUCUCUGGGCGACCACGUUGUCGACGACUGUGGCGAGUUCAUGUCCUCCCUCACCUCCAUCUCCACCGAGCCCACCUCGCUAAAAUGCGCCACUUGUGGCUGCCACCGCAAUUUCCACCGCCGUGAGCCGAAAGACCCACCACCACCUUCCAUUGCCCAACACGUCAUCGAGUACCAAUCGCAGUACCGCUACCACCCUCCGGUGCUACCGCGCAGUCUAAAUUCAGCAUCUCCGCCGCCGAUCUCCUCCGCCUACUAUCCAUCAGCACCCCAUAUGCUCCUCACCCUCAGUGCUGGGUUAUCGGGGCAAGUACCGGCGAAAAACAGACCGGUAAAUUCAUCCGGGACGGGUAACCCAAAUGGGCGGAAGAGACAUAGAACGAAAUUCACGCAGGAUCAGAAGGAGAGGAUGCUGGAAUUUGCGGAGAGAGUUGGGUAGAAGACGUAGAAGAGGGAUGAUGAAGUAAUCGCCGAGUGCUGCAGCAAUGUUGCAGUCGGCAGAGGCAUUUUCAAGGAAUUAGAG